AUGAAGGUGGAGCCUGCUGGAGACCAAUGGUUGAGACCAGGGCUGAAGAAGUAUUCCUGUGAACUCACAAUCGACACAAACACAGUACACAGAGGGAUCACACUGUCUGACAACAACAGGAAGGCAACACGUGUGAGAGAGGAUCAGUCAUAUCCUGAUCAUCCAGACAGGUUUGACUACUGGCCUCAGCUUCUGUGUAGAGAUGGUCUGACUGGUCGCUGUUACUGGGAGGUCGAGUGGACAGGACCUGCUGAUAUAUCAGUGAGUUACAGAGGAAUCGGAAGGAGAGGAGACAGUAAAGACUGUUUAUUUGGAGGGAAUAAGUCCUGGAGUCUGAGCUGCUAUAUUGGUGAUGUUUACUGUGCCUGGCAUAAUAACCAAAAAACAUCCAUCUCCUCCUCCUUCUCCAUCUCCACCUUGAUUUCUCACCUCCUCUCCUCCUCCUCCUCCUCUGGUAGAGUAGCAGUGUAUGUGGACUGUCCUGCAGGCACUCUGUCCUUCUACAGAGUCUCCUCUGACACACUGAUCCACCUCCACACCUUCAACACCACAUUCACUGAACCUCUUUAUCCUGGCUUUGGGUUCUGGUUAGGACCCGAUAAUUAUUUCUUUGUAUCCUCGCUUGUUUCCUCAGUGUCUCUGUGUUCUGUGCAGGAGGGAGAGUCUCCUCCUGGUAGAGAACAGAUCAGUUGAGUCUGUACAGGAUCACAGAAAUCUUUCAGCUUCUUGUAAUAAAUCCAUCAAUGAACUUUGUACAAAGUGAUUCAAAGUGAUUGAACAGAUUCCUCAUUUCCAUGUAAACUUCUUCCACUUCCAGUCCUUUAAAGAUGGAAGCUCUGAUCAUUAAAUGGUGGAAAUGCCGUUGACUUGGACCUUCUGUCAUGUGUUGCUUUGAAUUCUGGCUCUUGUUCCAAUAAAAGCAGAAUGUUACUGUGA